GUCUUUAGACACUAUUGCACUCUGUCAAAAUUUGAUUACACGUUACAUCCGGUCUGUCUCAUCUCGCUAGCAGUCAUGGCUGCGUUUGGUGAAAUGGGCGUUAUGCCAGAAAUCGCGCAAGCAGUUGAGGAGUUGGAUUGGCUCCUCCCGACUGACAUCCAGGCGGAGUCUAUUCCAUUAAUUCUUGGAGGAGGAGACGUCCUUAUGGCGGCUGAAACAGGCAGCGGCAAAACUGGUGCCUUCAGCAUCCCUCUGAUCCAGAUUGUGUAUGAGACCAUGAAGGACCAGCAGGAAGGGAAGAAGGGCCGAGCCGCCGUCAAGACUGGGGGUGCAGUGUUCAGUAAAUGGCAGAUGAACCCUUAUGACAGAAGCACAGCUUUUGCUAUCGGUCCAGAUGGUAUGUGUUGCCAGAGCCGUGAGUUCAAGGAAUGGCACGGCUGUCGUUCAACCCAGGGCGUCACUAAAGGGAAGUACUACUACGAGGUGUCUUGUCAUGAUCAGGGGCUGUGCAGAGUUGGCUGGUCAACAAGUCAGGCUGCACUGGAUUUAGGUACUGAUAAAUAUGGCUUUGGCUUUGGAGGGACCGGGAAGAAAUCCAACAACAAGCAGUUUGACAGCUAUGGAGAGGAGUUCACAAUGCACGAUACUAUUGGAUGUUACUUGGAUCUAGACAAAUCUCAGAUGUCCUUCUCUAAGAAUGGUAUUGACCUGGGCCUGGCCUUCACCAUCCCAGCACAGCUAAAAGGCCAGGCAUUCUUUGCUUCCUGUGUUCUCAAGAAUGCCGAGUUGAAGUUUAACUUUGGAGGCGAGAGCUUCAAGAACAAGCCUGCUGAGGGCUUUGUAGCUCUGGAUCAAGCACCUGAGGGACACGCGGUCAAAUCCAGCCAGACAGGGAGCGCAAAAGUAAGCCAGGUGAAGGUUAUGAAUAACGCCCCUAAGGCUAUCAUCAUUGAGCCGUCUAAAGAGUUGGCUGAGCAGACCCACCGCGUGGUCAACCAGUUCAAGAAGAAUGUGGACAACCCCAAAGUGAGGGAUCUGCUGGUGAUUGGUGGAGUGGCAGCUAAAGAGCAGCUCUCCGUGCUGGAGCAGGGGGUGGAUAUCGUAGUGGGCACGCCAGGAAGGAUGGAGGAUCUCAUCUCUACAGGGAAGCUCAACCUCUCCCAAGUCCGCUUCUUUGUGCUAGACGAGUGUGAUGGUCUUCUGUCGGCGGGCUACACAGACUUCAUCAUGAAGAUCUACAACCAGAUCCCCCAGGUCACCUCUGAUGGGAAGAGGCUUCAGGUGAUUGUUUGCUCUGCGACGCUGCACUCGUUUGACGUGAAGAAGCUGUCUGAGAAGAUCAUGCACUUCCCCACCUGGGUGGACCUGAAGGGAGAGGACUCUGUCCCUGAGACCGUCCAUCACGUGGUGGUCCCCGUUAACCCCAAAUCUGACCGCCUCUGGGAGAAGCUGGGCAAGAACCACAUCAGGACUGACGAGGUUCAUGCCAAGGACAACACACGACCAGGAGCCAACAGCCCAGAGAUGUAUUCAGAGGCCAUUAAGAUCCUGAAGGGGGAAUACACAAUCCGUGCCAUCAAGGAGCACAAGAUGGACCAGGCCAUCAUCUUCUGCAGGACCAAGAUCGACUGCGACAACAUGGAACAGUACUUUGUCCAACAGGGGGGAGGACCAGAUAAAAAAGGCCACCAGUUGUCCUGUGUCUGUCUCCAUGGUGACCGCAAGCCAAAUGAACGCAAGAGCAACCUGGAGCGAUUCAAGAAACAGGAAGUGAAGUUCCUGAUCUGUACAGAUGUGGCAGCUAGAGGCAUCGACAUCCACGGUGUGCCCUACGUGAUCAAUGUCACCCUGCCUGAUGAGAAACAGAAUUACGUUCACCGCAUUGGCAGAGUGGGUCGAGCUGAGAGGAUGGGGUUGGCCAUCUCUCUGGUUGCCAUGGAGAAGGAGAAGGUGUGGUACCACGUGUGUGCGAACCGAGGAAGAGGAUGCUACAACACCAGGCUGAAGGAGGAUGGAGGAUGCACCAUCUGGUACAAUGAGAAGCAGCUGUUGUCUGAGGUCGAGGAGCAUCUGAACUGCAUCAUCACACAGUGUGAGCCUGACCUCAAAGUUCCCGUGGACGAGUUUGACGGCAAGGUGACCUACGGCCAGCGCAGAGCAACAGGAGGUGGUAGCUAUAAGGGUCAUGUGGAUAUCCUGGCUCCAACUGUGCAGGAGUUGGCCAACCUGGAGAGAGAGGCUCAGACAUCCUUCUUACACCUGGGAUACCUGCCCAACCAGCUGUUCAAAGCCUUCUAAACACACACACAGACACACAUACAGACACACACUCACACACACACACACACACACACACAGAGACACACAUACAGACACAUAGUGAGAGAGAGUCUCUGCCCACCCAGCUGUUCAAAGCCUUCUAACACACACACACACAGACACACACACACACACACACAUAAACACACACACACAUACAGGGUCGCUGCCCAACUUGCUGUUCAAAGUCUCCUAUGACCAACAGACAGACGCGCACACACACACACACACACACACACACACACACACACACACACACAAAUAAAUCCCUCGGGUCCCUGCCCAGACAGCUGUUCAAAAACACAAAUAAACACAUACACACACCUGGGACACCUGUUCAAACAGCAGCUGUUCAAAACUAACACACACACUUUGAGGAUCUCUGCCCAAUCAGCUGUUCAGAGUGUUCAAAGCGUGUCUGCCUCAGAAUACACAUACCAACUUGAACAACUGUUCCAAUCUUACACACACACACACACACACACACACACACACGAACAGCUGCGUGUGUAUCCAGUAGCUCAAAGCUCCUGAUCUCCUCAAGUGACCAUGACAAUGUUGGUGAUACACAGCCCCACAUUGCAGUCACCCCCUAAUAGGCGUGCUCUCUCUCUCUCAAAGCAACCGCUAACGUACCCCUCUGUCCAUCAGUAGAGAAAGUCACGAGAGAACCUUCAGAAUCUUCUGUUUACUGAAAUAAAUAACCCCGACUGAAGAGCAAAGACAAGACAGCACAUGAUGGGGUAGACAGGGAUGUUUUUUUUCUUCUUCUCUUUAAGUUUAUUUUUUCUGUCCUUCAAAAGGAUGAAGAUAUUCUUGAGUUGUGCUUAAUGGCUUUUGUUCCACGUAAUAAAGCUAUAGUGUGAAUGCCA